CCUUCGUACCUGCAGUUUAUCUCCCAUUUAUUUUUGUUGGAAGAUCUGGGAACAACCACCUGCGCCUCCUUGAGUUGUCCUACAGCGACAGCUACACACUCGUUUCCUCCUUUCCACAUCUCGUCUUCAAUCACUUCGUCCUUUCACUCCACGAGACUCGACUUAUCUCGCCGAAUUGCCCAGCAUGGGCCUCCUCGCCACGAUUGCGACGCCCCUUGAGCGACUCGUGCACACUCUGCCCACGUACCAGCUCGUGCUACUGGGGCUUGCAGCAUUCAUUACCCUCGCUGUCGGUUUGAACGUCGCUCGACAGGUGCUGUUGAAAGACAAAAAUGCACCGCCAGAGGUGUUUUCGUGGUUUCCGGUCCUUGGGAAUACGAUAUGGUACGGCAUGGAUCCCUUCGAUUUCUUCUUCGCGUGCAAGGAGAAGUACGGCGACGUUUUUACGUUUGUUUUGCUGGGCCGGAAAGUCACAGUGUGCUUGGGCACCAAGGGGAAUGAAUUUAUACUGAACGGAAAGCUGAAAGAUGUGAAUGCCGAGGAGAUUUACACGGGCUUGACAACACCUGUGUUCGGGGCGGGCGUGGUGUACGACUGCGAGAAUGCCAAAUUGAUGGAGCAAAAGAAGUUUGUCAAAUUUGGACUCACGACGGAAGCAUUCAGGAGUUAUGUCGACUUGAUUUCGGCGGAAACCAAGUCAUUUGUGCAGAACAACAAGCUCUUCCGAGGUCAAACUGGCACAGUCGAUAUUGCCCCCGCCAUGGCUGAACUGACCAUCUACACUGCCUCGCGCUCGCUACAGGGGAAGGAAGUGCGGGAUAAGUUCGACUCGACCUUUGCCGAUUUGUACCAUGACUUGGAUAUGGGUUUCUCCCCAAUAAACUUUAUGCUUUCGUGGGCGCCUUUGCCACACAAUCGCAAACGAGACAUUGCGCAAAGAAAGAUGGCUGAGACAUACUUGGAAAUCAUCAAGGCGCGACGGGCCGCUGGUGGAAAACGCGCAGAAGACGAAGAGGAUAUGAUAUGGAAUUUGAUGAACUGUGUCUACAAGAACGGCACACCGUGUCCAGACAGAGAGAUUGCGCACAUGAUGAUUGCUCUACUCAUGGCGGGCCAGCACUCAUCAUCUUCCACGUCCAGCUGGAUCUUACUGCGACUGGCCACUCGCCCGGAUAUCCAGGAAGAACUAUUGGAGGAACAAAAGAAGAUAUUGGGAGAGGAUCUGCCCCCUUUGACAUACGACAACUUGCAGAAGUUGACUCUCAACGCCAAAGUGGUCAAGGAGACUUUGAGGCUGCACGCACCGAUCCACAGUAUUCUGCGAAAGGUCAAGUCUCCCAUGGCUAUCGUGGCAGAUACGCCGACCUCGACUAAGACUUAUAUGAUUCCGACAACGCAUACGGUCAUGUCCGCGCCUGGGGUUACGUCUCGAGAGUCGGCGUUCUUUCCAGAGCCCAUGCUGUGGGAACCCCAUCGAUGGGACGAAGGGCAUUCGCUCGCCUAUGCGCAGCUGGGCCAGGAAAAGGAAGAGUUUGAGGAUUACGGCUACGGCAUGAUCAGCAAGGGCGCCUCGUCUCCAUACCUGCCUUUUGGUGCCGGAAGACAUCGGUGCAUUGGCGAGCAGUUUGCUUAUGUGCAGCUCGGAACUGUCUUGGCAACCAUGGUACGGUAUGUCAAGUUCCGCAAUAUCGAGGGCAAGAGCCUUGUGCCCACGGAUUAUUCGAGUCUUUUUUCCCGGCCGCUGAGUCCUGCGGUGGUGGAGUUUGAGAAGCGGUAAGAUGCUGUAGAAAGAUGGGCCGUGAAGUCGUUGGCAAGGCGGCCUGACUUGUACAUAUCGGAGCAGGCGGAUGGAAGCUAUGUAAAUAUCUAGGCGCAGCGGUGUUACGGCGGUACUGCAAGACAAGGUACCUACCAGGUAGGUAGACAACGAGGCUCGGAGCCCCU